AUGUCAUACACACACAAGGGGGCUGGUUGCACAGUGCUGGUGGUUGCCGUGGUUGCCAGGAAACUGGAGCUGACCAGGGCAGAGAAACACGUCCACAACUUCAUGAUGGAUUCCCACUUUACAAAAGGGAUAAAAAUUGCUGCAGCAAAUGUACUGAGAGAGACCUGGAUGAUCUACAAACACACCAAGCUGGCCAGGGAGAGAGACCACUGCAGAGUGCGCAUGCACCAGAGGAAGCUGCUGCUCGCAAUCCACCGGCUGCGUGAUGUGAAGAUGGAAAGGAGGAAAUUGGCUGACCAGGCCAACACGCUGGUGGAUCUCUGCAAGAUGCAGAAUCUGAUGUAUGACGUGCUGUCAGAGGUGAGUGGAUGCCGAGGGGACCUGGACAAACACACAAACAGUCUGCAGCAGAAUGUGGAGGAGCUGAGAGAAGGCUUUAGGACCCUAAUGCCCCUCCUCUCUAGCACCCUCGCCACACAAAAUGCUUCCAUCCGCCACCUGCUCAGGGAGAGGGAGGAGCAGGCAGUGACAUGGAGCAUGGCAGGGCAGGAUAGGUAAGAUGGCAAGAGGUAUGCAAUGUGUAUUGUUACAGGGAAAGGUAGAAAGAAAUUGAUAGGCAAAAGUUGGGAUGAGGAUCUUCAAAAUAUACUUUAUAGGAAUAACUGUUCAAAGUGUACGUAAAGAAUGUGUCAAAGCAAUAAGGGAUGGAUUUUAUUUUUAUUAGGAUUACGAUGAGCCAACAUCCAGACUAUAUGGAGUACUGAUAAGUUACCCAUACUGGCAAAAAAAAAACCUUGGUGAUACUAGUCUUGAUUUUAACAUUCUCAGAAUUAAACAAAAAAAUGUUGUUAGCCGGCAUGUGCACUGAAUGUUCUGCGCGUCGUAACUAAUGUAUUGUCAUGAUAGUAUGUGGUGUACAGUAUAAAACCAUGUCCAGUAAUAACCAAAUCUGUUUUACUGAAUUGUAGAAUUUACAGUAAACAUUAAUAAAGUUACAUCUUUGUCAUGAGUCAGUUAAUUAUGUAUUUUCUUGAAAAAACAAACACUCACUUUACUGUAACAGGCUAUGAACACAUGCCAGUGGUCGAGUUCCUGCCCAACUACAUGCGCAGGUGUUGCGUGCCAUGUCGUACAGUUGGGAAUCAGAUUGCUUAAUCAUGUGUUCAGCAGAUAUCUUAAAUACGGAUCCCGGCUUUGUAAUUUCUGGCAUACGUCUGCAAUGAAGUCAGGCAACUGUGCUAUAGAACAGUGUUUCCAUGCCAUCAUAGGCAAAUAUGGAAAAGGGAACAAAAGUUCAAACCACCCCAAUUCUUUAGCCAAAACAAUA